ACACUGCGUGCCCGCAGCAACGCAGAACUGGCCAAGACCCCGGAGGGUAUCUCCCUCCAGCGAAAGGACUUCGAGACCGUUGUCCCCCGAAACCAGUGGCUGAAUGACGAGAUCGUCAACGCCGCGCUGUUGCACCUCGGAAACUACGUCAACCAGAAGGUGGGCAUUAAGAACCCCCGCCUGCAGACGCCCAAGAUCCAGGUGUUCAACUCGUUUGUCGGGAAGAACCUCGCCGAAGACAGGCCCAUCACAGAGCGCAUGAUGCGCCGGGCAGGCAUCAGGAAGGACAACUUCCUCGACAUCGAGACGAUCCUCGUGCCAAUCUGCCGAGGGAGGCACUGGACCCUCGUGGUCAUCAGGCCCAAGCACCGGGAGAUCUUCCACCUGGACUCCCUGAGCCCGGCUGGAAACGCCGGCCUGAAGAACAAGGCCCGCGAGUGGGUGCGCGGCAUCCUCGACGAUGCCUUUGUUGAGAGCGAAUGGACUCUCAAAUCCGUGGCCUCGCCACAGCAGUCCAACUCGGACGACUGUGGCGUCCACACCAUCACCAACGGAGUCUGUGUCGGAUUGGGCAUUGACCCAUCCACAUACACCUCGGCAGAAAUGCCACUCCAGCGGCUGCGUGUGGCGGCCAUACUCCUCAACGAGGGGUUCAAAGGAGAUUUCUCCCUGGACGGACUGUGA